AUGGACCCCGCCGCUGGAGGGGAGAGCUCCCCGGCCGGCGAGAUAUCCAAAAAUGCUGCUAAAAAAGCUGCUAAAAAGGAGAAGCAAGCUGCUGAGAAGGCGGGAAAGUUGGCCAACAAAGGCAUAGGCAUGGAAUCGAAAAAUAAACUUUCCCAGAAAGCACCCAAGAAGAAAACUGACGGCCCCGCUCUUAUCGGUAUCGAUGUCUCGAAGGAGGGGGAUUUCGCAGGUUGGUAUCAACAGGUUCUCUUGAAAGGGCAGAUGUUAGAUUAUUACGAUGUAUCAGGUUGUUUUAUUUUGAAGCCACACUCGUACUUCAUUUGGGAAACGAUCCAAAACUGGUUUGAUGAUCGAAUCAAGAAGAUGGGUGUUAAAAAUUGCUCUUUCCCUCUGUUCGUCUCCGAAGACGUCUUAAAGAAGGAGAAGGACCACAUAGAAGGGUUUGCUGCUGAGGUUGCCUGGGUCACUCACGCAGGAAAUUCCAAGUUGGAACGGAAAAUUGCCAUUCGUCCCACGUCGGAAACAGUUAUGUAUCCGUACUAUGCCAAGUGGAUUCGAAGUCAUCGUGAUCUGCCUCUCCGGCUUAAUCAGUGGAACUCUGUUGUUAGAUGGGAGUUCAAGAACCCCCAACCCUUCCUUCGCACUCGUGAGUUUCUUUGGCAAGAAGGCCACACCGCGCAUUUGACUGAAGGCGGUGCUCGUGAAGAAGUCCUGCAAAUUCUUGAGCAUUAUGCCCACGUUUACGAGGAGCUUCUUGCUAUUCCCGUCAUCAGGGGUCAGAAGACCGAAAAGGAAAAAUUUGCAGGGGGCCUCUACACCACCACAGUCGAAGGUUAUAUCCCAGCCACAGGCCGCGGAAUUCAAGGAGGGACGUCUCACGGCUUAGGCCAAAAUUUCAGCAAGAUGUUCGGCAUCACCGUUGAAGAUCCGUCGGCUAAGCCUGACGAGAAGAAGCCCGCACUCCAUGUUUGGCAGAAUUCUUGGGAUGGAAAAUCCACCAUCCCCAUCACUGAACUGGCAAUCCAAGUCCCCGCCCUUCUUGAAACCAUCCAAGCCGACCUCUACUCACGAGCAAAUGCUACGUACAAGUCACAUGUUAAGCGCAUCACGAACUGGGAUGAUUUCACCCCUGCGCUCAACGAUAAGAACCUCUGCAUGAUUCCCCACUGUCUGACCGAGCAGUGCGAAGACGAAAUUAAAGACAUGAGUGCACGAAAGGCUGAAGAAGAGACUGGUGAAGCCCAGGAUGCCAGGGCCCCAAGCAUGGGUGCAAAGAGUUUGUGUAUUCCAUUCGAGCAGCCUGAGGGCAUUGAGAAGGGAGUUACCAAGUGCACGAACCCCAACUGCAAACGGGUCGCGGAGAAAUGGUGCUUGUUUGGACUCUCCGAACACCCAGCCGGUUGCAUAUUACCAAACGGACCUGGCAUAGCCUAUCUCUGUUAUUCUAAAUACCCACGGAGCUUAGCGUGCAUCAAUAUUUCCUACCAGACUCAAGACUCCCAGCCUAAAUUUCCCCGAUAUUUGAUGAAGGCGUAUCCAAACAACCUUGCUGAUCUUGCUAUCGGUGUUUUAAGCGCUCAUCUGCUCUUCAGUCUGGGCAGUUCUAGUUAUGUUGUCAUGAUUCGAGAGAGUUUAAAUAUCAAGAAUAGAAAUUAA